AAUAUACGUGUCUGUUCUUGAUCGUUUCACCUUCACUUUUGUAUUUCCUAAUAUUUGCUGAGUAUGGGACAAUCCCUCAAGAAAUUUGCAAAUGGUAAGCAGAGUGAUAAUAUUGGUCCAAUAAUAGAAAAUUGCUACAUGACUCAUUUUAAGAACACUCACAAAUGGAGCUUAGCAGAAUUUUGCCAUGCUGUCUGCCAAACAGUCAAAGAUAUCAACGAAGAGCUAGGGUGCACACAGUUUAGGGUGCCAGAUAUUAAGACACUCAAGCGACUGCACCAAGAAUAUGAUAUAUGCAGUAAAAAAGGUUUGACUAAGGAAGAGUAUCAGAAAAUGGUUGUUGAAAUCAUUGUUGAUACAAAAAUCACUGGCUCUGGAGCCAAAGACGUAUUGUUAUGCUUGUUUGGAGUCCCAGUGAUUGCAUUAUUCAUCAAGCAAAGUGUUAUUCCACAAGCCAUGCCUAAUGACAUCUUUAUUCCUGGCGUCACUUCAGCAACAGUUUUUCUUCUAGCCAAACUCCACAUGAUUUAGAUGCAUAAUUAUCUUAUGUGAAAAUGUUAUUAAUUCUCCACUUCUGUACUUGGAUUUUAUUCAAUUUCUCAUCCAUUUCUGCUUUUCCAUCAUGCUUGCUUCUAUCAUCAUAUAUGA